AUGGCAGCAUGCAGAGGACUCCUGCUGCCCCUCGGAUUUCUUGGAUCCAUGUUUCUCAUCAUGUUGUACUUUUAUCAAUGGGACAUGUCACAAGAAAAGAGAGCAGAGAGGAUGCGUCAGCUGCAGGAACUGAGAAAGCAGCUCCUAAAAGAAAUCUGCGCUAGUAACAAAGAGGCCUUUUCUGGAGGGAAGCACAGUUUAGAAGACAUUAGUGCCAAAAACCUGAAGAAUCUCAUUGUGGAUGACACUCACGGCAUCAUCUACUGUUACAUUCCCAAGGUGGCAUGCACCAACUGGAAGAGGGUUAUGUUUGUCCUGAACCAGAACGAACCAUAUCAUGACCCCAUGUCCAUAUCUGCUGACAUGGUCCACAGUGCUAACAAGCUCACUCUUCUAAACAGCUUCCCAAGGACAGAGAUGAAGGCAAGGCUGAGGCACUACACCAAGUUCCUGUUUGUCCGGGACCCAUUUGUCCGUCUCAUCUCCGCCUACAGAGACAAAUUCCAGCGGUACAACAAGUACUUCUACGUUAAGUUUGCGCGGGACAUUCUGCGUCUCUAUGGCAACCAGUCUGAGCCACCGCAAACUGUGGACGAGGCGUUUGCAUCAGGCGUGCACCUCUCUUUUUACAACUUUAUUCAGUACCUACUGGACCCACGGACAGAGAAGAAAGAGCCCUUUGAACCCCACUGGAGGCAGAUGCACCGCUUGUGCCACCCCUGCCUCAUACAGUAUGAUUUCGUUGGCCAUCAGGAGACUCUUCAGGAGGAUGCUGAACAGCUGCUGGCGAUCUUAAAGUUGCAGGAUGACAUCAAGUUCCCCCCUUCCUAUGCAAACAUGACGUCCCCUGCUUCUGUGUUGGAUUGGUUCAGAACAGUGCCCCUAGAGGACAGGAGAAAACUGUACCAGAUCUAUGAGGGGGACUUCAGACUUUUUGGCUACAGAAAGCCAGGUGAAUUGCUUGAUGGUUGAUGAGGUCAUGAUUUGGAUAACUUCACCCCUCCCUAUGCAACCAAUAGGCAUAGAAACCACAGCAUUUACCUGUGAGUCAAGAGUAAUCACUGGGAUUUUAUGCAGACUAAUCAUGGUGAGGGAAUGACAAAUAUUUACCUGACUGGCUUUCUCACAAACAGGAAUUAUAAGCACUAUUGUUACAUAAUGGCUCUGCCCAUGUAUUUGUCUACUAAUUUUGUAUACCUCUAGCUUUUCUACACUACACCACUGACAUCUAAAUGUCCAUCUUAUAAAUAUGUAGUGAGAUAUGUCAUUUUCAGCUCACUUUACCCCCACUGUUAGUUAUUCACUUCUUUGUGAAUAUAGUUGGCUAAAAAUUUUGCGUGGAAGGAA